ACUUCCGGUGAAGCCUCCUGAGGUCACAGCUAAUACCCACAAUCCACCGCGGUGCGCUCCACAUUCUGUGAUCCUGGUGUCAAACCCAAGAUGGCUCUUCAUCGGUUAUACCACUUGUCCUCCCUGCUGCGCUCUGCCGUGAGCCUGACUCUGCGCAGGAACAUCGGCAUCUCCGCUGUCCUCUUCAACAAGGGCAAGGAUCUGGACCCCAUCCAGAAGCUGUUCCUGGACAAGAUCCGGGACUACAGCAACAAGAGCAAGAGCUCUGGCGGCAUCGUGGAAGCGGGCCCUGCUUACCAGAAGAACCUGUCUGAGGAGGUGGUCAAACUGCAGAGGCUGUACGGAGGAGGAGAUAUGACCAAGUUCCCCGAAAUCAAAUUCACAGAGCCCAAGUUUGAAGAAGGCUCCAAGUGAACGCUGUCCAUGUUGUAAAUCUCCUCCACGUCACCAUCAAUAUGUUGUAUCAAUAAGUGGAUUGAGCCGUGAUCCACUGGUUGUCAAUUAAAAGUCCUUUCUGUUCAAAAAUG